AUGUUGACAAGGAAGCACAAAUACAUUCACCAGGAGAAUAUCGUUGUGGAAGGCAACUGUAGUGUUAUGAUACAGAAGAUCCUUCCACCAAAACACAAGGACCCUGGAAGUGUGACUAUUCCUUGUUCAAUAGGUGAAGUCACAGUGGAAAAGGCUCUCAUUGACCUGGGAGCCAGUAUCAACUUAAUGCCACUCUCCAUGUGUAGAAGAUUAGGAGAGUUGGAAAUCAUGUCCACCAGAAUGACUUUACAGCUUACUGAUCGAUUCAUCACAAGGCCUUACAGGGUAAUUGAAGACGUUCUGAUAAGAGUUAAGUAA